AUGGCUGACUUCACCAUACUGGGUGCUAACAACUUCCGCCCAUUCACGCUAGAAUCUUUGGCUGCCAUUGAGAAACGCAUUGCUGCCAAGAAGGAAUGCAAAGACCCGCCCCCUGAAGAUAAGCCCCGCCCUCAGCUGGACCUUCAGGCAUUCCAGAAGCUGCCUGCCCUCUAUGGAAACCCUCCCUCAGAGCUCAUUGGUGAGCCCCUGGAGGAUCUUGAUCCUUACUACCAUGAUCACAAGACAUUCUUGGUGUUGAACAAAGGGAAGACCAUCUUCCGGUUUACAGCCACGCGUGCUUUGUAUAUCUUUAGCCCUUUUCAUUCCCUCCGACGCAAGGUGAUCAAACUUUUGGUACAUCCGUUGUUUACCUGGUUUAUCAUGCUGACCAUUUUAACGAACUGUGUCUUCAUGGCUCUUUCGGAAACUCCAGAAACAACAGAAGAAUCUCAGUGGUCUAAAUACGUGGAGUACACUUUCACGGGCAUUUAUACUUUUGAAUCAAUCAUCAAGAUAUUGGCAAGAGGCUUCUGCUUGAAUGAGUUUACUUUCCUCCGCGACCCGUGGAACUGGCUGGAUUUCAGCGUGAUUGUGAUGGCGUUUGUGGGUGAGUUUGCAAAGCUAGGAAGUGUUUCCGUUCUUCGGAUGUUCCGGGUGCUGAGAGCUUUAAAAACAAUUUCCAUCAUCCCAGGUCUGAAGGUCAUCGUAGGGGCCCUUAUCCAGUCCGUCAAGAAGCUUGCGGAUGUGAUGAUUCUGACGGUUUUCUGCCUGAGCGUCUUUGCCCUCAUCGGCCUUCAGCUCUUUAAGGGACACUUGAGACACAAAUGCGUCAGGAACUACACUGAGUAUCUCCUCCAGAACAAUAUAACAAGGCUUCCUGCUGAUAGUGACACUAUAAGAGAACGGAACUUGACUUUGUAUGAGGAUUUCAUCAAGGACGCAGCCAAUUACAAAUUCAAAAACCACACCAGUGACAUCUUAUUGUGCCACAAUGGUACGGAUAGUGGCCACUGUCCAGAUGAAUACGUAUGCUUGAAGGUUGGCACUAAUCCCGACGAAGGCUUCACAAGCUUCGAUACAUUCGGCUGGGCCUUCCUCUCCUUGUUCCGCCUCAUGACGCAGGAUUACUGGGAACGCCUCUAUCAGCAGAGUCUCAGAAGCUGCUGGAAGAUCUAUAUGCUGUUUUUUGUGCUCGUCAUCUUCCUGGGAUCAUUUUAUCUGGUCAACUUGAUCUUAGCGGUGGUCACGAUGGCCUACGAAGAGCAGAGCAAGGCGACGAUUGCUGAAACGGAGGCGAAAGAGAGGAAAUUCCGCGAAGCCAUGGAGCUGCUGAAGAAAGAGCACGAGGAAUUAACCGCUAGAGAAGAUGACAGCAUCUCUCAUAGUUCAUUGGAAGCAUCGCCCGCGGCAUCCAAGGAGGUGAAAGAAAGAAGCAACAGAAUGAAGAAAAAGAUGUCUCUAGGGAUGGAGGAUUGCGGAGAAGAUCUAAAAAUCCCUAAGUCGCAGUCUGUCGAAAGCCAUCGCAAAUCGGCUCUGUUCAGCCAUAAUUAUGGUCCUAGCUCGAACCCGAUGAAGCGCCGUCCCAGUCACGGAAGCGUGUUCAGCUUCCAUAUCUCUGGGCGCGAGGUGGGCUCAAGGCCCGACGGAGGGGAGGACGAGUCGAGCAGCACCGGGGAGGCCGAGAUCCAGCGUGGUUCGUUUCUGGCUGCCCGGAUGGGGAGACGGCCCAGCGUCCAAAGUCAAGUCAGCUACAGCCCUCAUCCUGGGACUCCAAGCUACACUCAGCCCGGCAGGUGGACCCCGGGAGAUGAUUGCAACGGGAUGGUCUCAUCCUUGGGAGGAGGCGGCGUGAGGUCAUUCAACAUGGACCCCGUUGCUGGGGAAGGGCUGUUGCUUCCCCCAGGGAGGGGAAGCCAUCGCAGAGGUGAUCUGCCGACUCCUUCAUACGAUGAAGCCAACAAGAUACUCCAGUCCCACCGUCUAUCAGUGGACCACUAUAAUCAGCCGCUCCAGAGAGAAAGGGCAGCGAGCGCGGUCAGCGUCAUUACCAGCGCGCUGGAAGAACUUGAAGAAUCCAAACGGAAGUGCCCGCCCUUCUUGAAUGAUCUUGCCCGCAAAUACCUCAUUUGGAACUGUUGCCCACUGUGGGUGAAAAUCAAGACGAAAGUGAACGCGUUUGUUUCGGAUCCUUUUACUGACCUCGUGGUCACCCUUUGCAUUGUGGUGAAUACACUUUUCAUGGCCCUAGAGCACUAUCGAAUGACCACUGGUUUCAAGACCAUGCUCUCAACGGGCAACACGGUUUUUGCAGGGAUUUUUACGGCAGAAAUGGUCCUGAAAAUCAUUGCGAUGGAUCCUUAUUACUAUUUUCAGCAGCGGUCAAAUAUCUUUGACAGUGUGAUCGUCUUCCUGAGCUUGGUGGAAUUGCUCAUUCCCAAAGAAACUACCCAAGGAAAAAGUAGGGGGAAAGGAAGCCUAACGGUCCUGCGGUCACUGAGGCUGUUGCGAGUCUUCAAGUUGGCAAAGUCCUGGCCGACCUUAAACACCCUUAUAAAAAUAAUUUUGAACUCUGUGGAUGCUCUGGGCAACCUCACCCUUGUCCUGGCCAUCAUCGUCUUCAUUUUUGCAGUUGUUGGAAUGCAGCUCUUUGGGACCCACUACAGGCGGAAAAGCGAUGCCAAGAUGGCUGACUUCACCAUACUGGGUGCUAACAACUUCCGCCCAUUCACGCUAGAAUCUUUGGCUGCCAUUGAGAAACGCAUUGCUGCCAAGAAGGAAUGCAAAGACCCGCCCCCUGAAGAUAAGCCCCGCCCUCAGCUGGACCUUCAGGCAUUCCAGAAGCUGCCUGCCCUCUAUGGAAACCCUCCCUCAGAGCUCAUUGGUGAGCCCCUGGAGGAUCUUGAUCCUUACUACCAUGAUCACAAGACAUUCUUGGUGUUGAACAAAGGGAAGACCAUCUUCCGGUUUACAGCCACGCGUGCUUUGUAUAUCUUUAGCCCUUUUCAUUCCCUCCGACGCAAGGUGAUCAAACUUUUGGUACAUCCGUUGUUUACCUGGUUUAUCAUGCUGACCAUUUUAACGAACUGUGUCUUCAUGGCUCUUUCGGAAACUCCAGAAACAACAGAAGAAUCUCAGUGGUCUAAAUACGUGGAGUACACUUUCACGGGCAUUUAUACUUUUGAAUCAAUCAUCAAGAUAUUGGCAAGAGGCUUCUGCUUGAAUGAGUUUACUUUCCUCCGCGACCCGUGGAACUGGCUGGAUUUCAGCGUGAUUGUGAUGGCGUUUGUGGGUGAGUUUGCAAAGCUAGGAAGUGUUUCCGUUCUUCGGAUGUUCCGGGUGCUGAGAGCUUUAAAAACAAUUUCCAUCAUCCCAGGUCUGAAGGUCAUCGUAGGGGCCCUUAUCCAGUCCGUCAAGAAGCUUGCGGAUGUGAUGAUUCUGACGGUUUUCUGCCUGAGCGUCUUUGCCCUCAUCGGCCUUCAGCUCUUUAAGGGACACUUGAGACACAAAUGCGUCAGGAACUACACUGAGUAUCUCCUCCAGAACAAUAUAACAAGGCUUCCUGCUGAUAGUGACACUAUAAGAGAACGGAACUUGACUUUGUAUGAGGAUUUCAUCAAGGACGCAGCCAAUUACAAAUUCAAAAACCACACCAGUGACAUCUUAUUGUGCCACAAUGGUACGGAUAGUGGCCACUGUCCAGAUGAAUACGUAUGCUUGAAGGUUGGCACUAAUCCCGACGAAGGCUUCACAAGCUUCGAUACAUUCGGCUGGGCCUUCCUCUCCUUGUUCCGCCUCAUGACGCAGGAUUACUGGGAACGCCUCUAUCAGCAGACCCUCAGAGCCGCUGGGAAGAUCUAUAUGCUGUUUUUUGUGCUCGUCAUCUUCCUGGGAUCAUUUUAUCUGGUCAACUUGAUCUUAGCGGUGGUCACGAUGGCCUACGAAGAGCAGAGCAAGGCGACGAUUGCUGAAACGGAGGCGAAAGAGAGGAAAUUCCGCGAAGCCAUGGAGCUGCUGAAGAAAGAGCACGAGGAAUUAACCGCUAGAGAAGAUGACAGCAUCUCUCAUAGUUCAUUGGAAGCAUCGCCCGCGGCAUCCAAGGAGGUGAAAGAAAGAAGCAACAGAAUGAAGAAAAAGAUGUCUCUAGGGAUGGAGGAUUACGGAGAAGAUCUAAAAAUCCCUAAGUCGCAGUCUGUUGAAAGCCAUCGCAAAUCGGCUCUGUUCAGCCAUAAUUAUGGUCCUAGCUCGAACCCGAUGAAGCGCCGUCCCAGUCACGGAAGCGUGUUCAGCUUCCAUAUCUCCGGGCGCGAGGUGGGCUCAAGGCCCGACGGAGGGGAGGACGAGUCGAGCAGCACCGGGGAGGCCGAGAUCCAGCGUGGUUCGUUUCUGGCUGCCCGGAUGGGGAGACGGCCCAGCGUCCAAAGUCAAGUCAGCUACGGCCCUCAUCCUGGGACUCCAAGCUACACUCAGCCCGGCAGGUGGACCCCGGGAGAUGAUUGCAACGGGAUGGUCUCAUCCUUGGGAGGAGGCGGCGUGAGGUCAUUCAACACGGACCCCGUUGCUGGGGAAGGGCUGUUGCUUCCCCCAGGGAGGGGAAGCCAUCGCAGAGGUGAUCUGCCGACUCCUUCAUACGAUGAAGCCAACAAGAUACUUCAGGCCCACCGUCUAUCAGUGGACCAUUAUAAUCAGCCGCUCCAGAGAGAAAGGGCAGCGAGCGCGGUCAGCGUCAUUACCAGCGCGCUGGAAGAACUUGAAGAAUCCAAACGGAAGUGCCCGCCCUUCUUGAAUGAUCUUGCCCGCAAAUACCUCAUUUGGAACUGUUGCCCACUGUGGGUGAAAAUCAAGACGAAAGUGAACGCAUUUGUUUCGGAUCCUUUUACUGACCUCGUGGUCACCCUUUGCAUUGUGGUGAAUACACUUUUCAUGGCCCUAGAGCACUAUCGAAUGACCACUGGUUUCAAGACCAUGCUCUCAACGGGCAACACGGUCUUUGCAGGGAUUUUUACAGCAGAAAUGGUGCUGAAAAUCAUUGCGAUGGAUCCUUAUUACUAUUUUCAGCAGCGGUCAAAUAUCUUUGACAGUGUGAUCGUCUUCCUGAGCUUGGUGGAAUUGCUCAUUCCCAAAGAAACUACCCAAGGAAAAAGUAGGGGGAAAGGAAGCCUAACGGUCCUGCGGUCACUGAGGCUGUUGCGAGUCUUCAAGUUGGCAAAGUCCUGGCCGACCUUAAACACCCUUAUAAAAAUAAUUUUGAACUCUGUGGAUGCUCUGGGCAACCUCACCCUUGUCCUGGCCAUCAUCGUCUUCAUUUUUGCAGUUGUUGGAAUGCAGCUCUUUGGGACCCACUACAGGCGGAAGUACGGCAAUAAAACCGGUUGGGACCAACCGCGUUGGCACAUGAUGGAUUUUUUCCACUCCUUCCUCGUCAUCUUCCGAAUUUUAUGCGGCGAAUGGAUCGAGACAAUGUGGGAUUGCAUGACAAUCGCUUACGUGCCUCUCUGCCUGCUUGUCUUCUUGUUGGUCAUGGUGAUUGGGAACUUAGUGGUUCUCAAUUUAUUCAUUGCCCUGCUGCUGAACUCCUUCAGCGCAGACAACCUUCAACUCCCAGAAGACGACAAAGAAAUGAACAACCUGCAGAUCGCCUUUGCCCGGAUCCACAAGGGCCUUGACGUUGCAAAGCACGCCCUGCUGGCUUUCUGUUUCAAAGUGCUCAGGUACCCGCGAAAGGCAUCGCAAAAGAAGGUCAAAUGCGAUUUAGAGAAAAACGGGGAGGAGCACAAAAAAGACGGCGAGGUUGCCGAGAACGGCAAAGUGGGCAACGAGAUCCACGGGAGCAGGGGGCGUGAGAAAAAUGGAGUGAGGUGCUCGGCUGAUGUCCUGGAAGAUUUCAUCACCAACCCCAGGAUGUUUGUCUGCGUUCCUAUUGCUGAGGCUGAGUCCGAUAGCGAGGAUUCCGAAGAUGCUGGUGAUAAGCAAGAAGCUGUGGUGGAGAUAGACUAUAAUAAGCAGAAGACGGACAGCAGCAGUUCUUCAGAAGGCAGCACUGUGGACCUAACAGAUCCCGAGGAACGGUUGAAGCAUAAUCCUGAAUUCACUGAGAACUCAAAGGAGCCAGAGGAUUGUUUCCCAGAAAGACUCACUCAGCGUUUUCCUCGGUGUUCAGCGAACACCGCAAAGUUUCCAGGCAAAGUUUGGUGGAAUCUCAGAAAGACAUGCUACCGAAUCGUCGAACACAACUGGUUCGAGAGCUUCAUCGUGUUCAUGAUUCUGCUGAGCAGCGGGGCUUUGGCAUUUGAAGACGUACACUUGAACGAGAGAGGCAAUGUUAAAAUUAUGCUCGAAUACGCUGACAAGAUAUUCACUUACAUCUUUAUCUUGGAGAUGCUGUUGAAAUGGGUGGCUUAUGGGUUCUACAAAUAUUUCACAAACGCUUGGUGUUGGCUUGAUUUCCUAAUUGUGGAUGUCUCUGUAGUAACUCUCAUAGCCACUUUGGCUAAGAAAUCGGACAUGGGCCCCAUGAAAUCCCUCCGGACCCUACGAGCCUUGAGGCCGUUAAGAGCCCUAUCACGAUUUGAAGGGAUGAGGGUGGUGGUUAAUGCUUUGGUUGGAGCUAUCCCUUCCAUCAUGAACGUUCUCUUGGUCUGCCUCAUUUUCUGGCUUAUCUUCAGCAUUGUGGGAGUCAACCUUUUCUCUGGGAAGUUUGGGAAAUGCAUUAACUUUACGGAAGAGAAUGCCAGAUUAAACAUCAAUAUUACUAACAGGAUCCAAUGCCAGCUAUACAAUGACACUGGAAGAAUAUACUGGACAACAGUUAAAGUGAACUUUAAUAAUGUUGGCUCUGGUUAUUUGGCUCUCCUUCAAGUGGCAACAUUCAAAGGUUGGAUGGAAAUAAUGUACGCGGCAGUUGAUGCAACAGGAGACGAACGUCAGCCAGUUUUUGAAAACAGCGUAUACAUGUAUAUGUAUUUUGUGAUUUUUAUCAUCUUUGGAUCGUUCUUCACUAUGAACCUUUUCGUUGGUGUCAUUAUCGACAAUUUUAAUCAGCAAAAGAAAAAGAUAAGUGGAGAAGACAUUUUUAUGACGGAGGAGCAGAAAAAAUACUACAACGCCAUGAAGAAACUGGGAUCCAAGAAACCUCAAAAGCCCAUCCCAAGACCCCUGAACAAAUACCAAGGAUUCAUCUAUGACAUUGUCACUCGCCAAGCUUUUGAUGUCGCCAUCAUGGUCCUCAUUUGCCUUAAUAUGGUCACCAUGAUGGUGGAAACAGACGACCAGUCCCCAGAGAAGUCGUACGUCCUUAACAAAAUCAACAUUCUCUUCAUCACCAUCUUCACGGCGGAGUGCGUCAUGAAGAUGGUAGCUCUGAGAUACUACUUCUUCACUAACGGAUGGAAUAUUUUUGACUUGGUGGUCGUGAUCAUGUCCAUUGUUGGCAGCGUGCUUUCCGGCCUCGUGGUUUCUUUCUCGCCCACGCUUUUCCGGGUGAUCCGCUUGGUUCGGAUCGGGCGAAUACUCCGGCUCAUUCGAUCCGCCAGAGGAAUCCGGACUCUCCUUUUUGCCUUGAUGAUGUCCCUCCCUGCCCUGUUCAAUAUCGGCCUCCUGCUUUUCUUGGUCAUGUUCAUUUAUGCAGUUUUUGGCAUGGCCAACUUUGCCUAUGUUAUAAGGGAGGCCGGGAUUGACGACAUGUUCAAUUUUGAGACCUUCGGCAACAGCAUGAUCUGUCUCUUCCAAAUCACCACUUCCGCUGGCUGGGAUGGCCUGCUGAGCCCCAUAUUGAACACGGGCCCACCAUACUGUGAUCCAGGUGUCAACUGUGGGAACCCUGCAGUGGGCAUAAUAUUCUUUGUGACGUACAUCAUCAUCUCCUUUCUCAUUGUUGUGAACAUGUACAUCGCCGUUAUUUUAGAGAACUUCAACGUGGCCACAGAGGAGAGUACUGAACCUUUAGGAGAUGAUGAUUUUGAGAUGUUUUACGAAGUGUGGGAGAAAUUUGACCCGAAAGCGACCCAGUUCAUCACGUACUCUAAACUCUCCGACUUCGCAAAUACUCUGUCAGAUCCUCUACGCAUCCCCAAGCCAAACACGCUGGAACUGGUUGCAAUGAAUCUUCCCAUGGUGAGUGGUGAAAAGAUCCACUGCUUGGACAUCCUGUUUGCCUUCACAAAAAGGGUGCUUGGGGACUCGGAGGGGAUGGACACUCUGAAAGUACAGAUGGAGGAAAAAUUCAUGGUGGCCAACCCAUCCAAAGCUUCUUAUGAGCCUAUCAACACCACCCUGAAAUGGAAACAAGAAGAGGCAUCUGCCACAGUGAUCCAGAGGGCCUUUCGGGUUUAUUUGCUCCAGAGGUCCAUGAAACAGGCCAGCUUCUUACACCGCCGCGAAACUUGCGACGGUGAUGUCCUUGAACAAGAUGCUCCAGAGAAAGGAGGUCUCCUCUUGCUGACGAUGAAUCAAAACUAUGUCCGAAGUCCCGACAAAUCCCAAACGCCCUCCUUAGAAUCUAUCCCUCCAUCUUACAGCACCGUUACUGGAGCCGCUGAUGAUGGCCCUGAGAAGGAAACAAAAGAAUCUCCCAAAAGAUACGACCCCAAGGACAGUCAGCCAUCUGCAGACAAAGGCAAGGAGUCCAGCAUGUAA